AUGUUUUUACUUAUUAGAAUCCUUGUUUGGGUUUUAAUAUUUGAAAAUUUAACACCUAUAAAUGUUUUUAGAAGUGCCAUAUUAAAUUCCACAAAUAACUUUGCUUAUUGCUUUAAACACAAAAACACAAACACUGUGGUCAUAGGCAAUGGGAUAAACACACUUAAAUAUCCUAAUUCACACAGAAAUUAUAGCUUUCCGAAAUCAUUUGAAGGGGCCGGUAUCACUUCUUUGAACGUCGAUAGACCGUAUUUGUCCAAUUUAAACAAACAAAUUAGGCUUUUGAACAGAUCUAUAGCACAAAAGAACUUAAGUGAUUGCUAUAGGGAUCUCAAAUAUGUGUAUGAGUUGUUUUCAAAUGCCAUUUCAGCCCUUUAUUCUGAGCCUGUUGAACUAGAUUUGGAGACCAAAUUCAAUGAAAUUAAGCAUAACCUGACAAACAAGUAUAAGUUGACAAUUAAAUCGAAUGAUUUUAAUCCGAUUUUACUUAUUAAAUAUUAUCCAAACCAUAAUGAUAAGCCGGAUCUAUCAUUUGAGUAUUUGACCCAGGAACCUCGGAAUGGCACCGUAACUCACAAGAUUUUUAGAAGAGACGUGCUAGAACAGGUGCCAAUCGUUCCCAGAAAACAGCUUGGAAUAGCUUUCAAAGAGUUUUCAAGAACCUUGGGGAACUUUUUGAGCAAAUUUUAUUUGGAGGAAUUACCGUUUGAUGAGUUGUUUAGGGACGCCAUACUACUGGGUUUAAGAGGGACUGUAGAGUUGUUUGAAGGCUUAUCACUAUUGGAGCUGACUGCCAGUGAUAAAAGAGGAUACAAAGGAGUAGGAAGAGGCCUGAGAGCUAUGCUUAAUUCUAAUUAUGAUGACUUGGCGAUCAUUGAAUACUUUGCUAAUUUUGACUCCGUGAGAAACAGGUUUUACGCCAAGUUGAUUGGCCACUACUUUAAAUUGAAGGAUCCGGAUUCAAUUUUGAUAAUUUUAAAACACAUGAUUAAGUCUAAUGACAGGAAGGUGACCUCGGUGCACUUGACACAGUACCUGGUGUCGUUAGCUCACGAGUUUCAGAAACAGCUUGAUUCACUAGCUGGCGACAGUGAACAAGUUAGAAACGAAAAAAGGCGGUUGUAUCUGGAAUUAAAAGGGAAGAUUAAAAACAUCAUGGAUAUGUAUAGACACAAUCACCUGCACACAUUUAACAUUACCCAUGAACUUGCGCAAAUUAUUGAAAAUCAUUUUAGCGACAUCGCACCAGGCCUGUUUAAAUCGGCAUUCGUAACAUCUGAUACUGUCAAUUCGGGCAUAUGUGAGUCCUGCAAAAGAAGAAUAUCAUUUCGAGACAUAUCUGAGGCAGAUAGGUUUGAGCUCUUCGCGAAACUGAUUAAAACAAUAUACAACAGCUCCCCAAAUGAGCUAAUAGGACUUUAUGAGUUUUAUAAAUUUUUGUUAAAAGCCAAAGAUUCUGGUAACCCAUACACGUGCGUUAUAGACGGACAGAAUGUUGGAUACAGCCGCAACAUACUGCGAGUCCUGAGUUGGUCAAAGAUUUAUUAUUCCUAUUCAUUCAUGAGGUCUCUGGGAGAGAACGCACUUAUCGUGAUCCCUGAGGGCUCCGUUAAGUAUAUAUCGGCCUAUUUACAAAGGAAGGACCCACUUCAGUUGAAAUUGUUGAACCAGCUGAAAGAAAGUAAGGGCAUAUAUAUGACUAAAAGAGACUCCUAUGACGAUAACUUCUUCCUGCUGGCAGGCAUAUCGUCCUUUUCUAAGAAGGAAAUAGAGUUUUUCAACGAGUAUAUGGGUAAAAUGAGCAGCUCAGGAUUAUAUAAGGGCGAUUUAGAAACAAGAGGUUCAAUCGUUCAAAAUGGAUCGGGCUCAGAUGACGCUAAAAAGGCAAUUAACGAUAGGAACGUGAUUAUAUUGACGAACGAUAAGCUGUCAAACUUGAACAUAGACGACGUUAACCAGGAGGCGCUGGAAAGGUGGAAGGACUACUCUCUGAUCAACUUCAAGGUGAUGAACAUUUCGAAUCGGGAAAUGCUUAUUAUGGGCCAGAGGCUGAAGUACACGUUCUCCAUAGUUUCGGACGGAGAUACAGUGCACAUUCCCACGGGAUACGACCGAGUGUUCACUAACAUUUCAGAAAGCGUGAAAUGUGAGCUUGAAAUGAGGAACGCCAUGAACUCGACCCAGUUUAGUGUAAAUUUAUGUGAGGAAAGGGAAACUCCCAUUAAAAAGUGGAUUGAAAGCAAUUAUGAGUAUUUGUACAAUAUAAAUGACCACUCCGCCUUUGCGGAUGGAAACGAAGGUGGAAUCACUGGGAACGGUGGUUCCAAUAGACUAGUGAGCGUCACCGCUAAUAAUGGCAGUGGUGGCACCGACUACAAUUUAGAGGGCCUGAACGCAGUUGACACUAAAAAUUUCACACGUUUUGUUGACACACUUCAUCACAAAUCGCCUGAAAUCGCAAAGUUGAUGUUUUCACCUGACGAAAAGUCCAUGUGGUUGUGCGUAGACUUGAGCGCAGUUGACAGGACUGUUUCGGACAUCUAA